AUGUCUGACGUACCUGGGAUUGAUAUCACGCUUCAUGGGCAGGAUCAUUUAUUGACUUUCUGGAAUGAGCUCAAUGCUAAGGAGCAAUCUGAAAUCCUCAGUGAUAUUUCGAAGAUCAAUUUCUCUGCUCUCGGCCGAAUUUUUGAUGUAAGACUUUUGUAGUUGUAUCAACAAUUCGAAAAUGUGAAUGAGUCGUUAUUUUGCAACCAAAAGAUUGUAUCUUAUCAGCGUCUUCACCAAACAGGACUAUGUGAUCAGCUUGUUCCAAGUCAGUAAGCGGAUACACUGAGUAGGAGAUCAAUCCCCGAAAAUUCGGUCGACAAGAAGGUUAUUUCUUUUUUCUAGGAUGACUUACGCUAAAAUUAAUUCUUGCAGAUAUGUUAUAGCAAUGGUGUGAUUAUUCCAAACCAUGGCUCUUUAGUUGGCCCGUACUGUACUCCCAAGUUAUAAUAUCUACACAAAUUUCUCAACAUUGUUUAGGACCUUCAUGGGAGACUUUACUGUUAUCUUUAAUGAAAAAAGUAUUUUAAGUCAUAGUUAUCCUCAGUUUGUGAUAUUUCGGUUUAUCUAAAAGCUACUAAUGUUCGAAAUCCAUCAGAAAUCUCCACUCAUGUGGUUUCAGCGUUAAUUACUAUUUAGUAGUUCACAUCAUCUUUUUAAAACGGAUGUCUUUAAAGCUACUCACUUUCUGCUUACUAGAUCGUCUAAUAUAAUAUAUAACGACAUACAUAUACAUGGUUAGACACUGGUUUUUGGUUUAUCGAAUAACAUUCUGCCAUUAGCUAGACCUAACACCUUUUGGUCUGUUGAGUAGUACCUUAAUUUUGAAUCGUGACGUUACUCGAAAAAUAGUCUAAACAAACUCUAGAAAGUUAAUAAAUAUAGAAGCUUUUUCUUUAUCCCGUCUUCUUACCACCAGUAGCCUGUCUUGUACUGCUUUGUCAGAUCUAAAUUUUAAGUAUCGUUCUGAAGUGUUAUCAGUAUUCCAAUUACUUAUUUGGUAAGUGAAUACUGACGUAUUAUCCGUUGUUUUACGGAGAGAUAUACAGUUUUCCAUCUGUUUGUUUUUGUUUCCUUCCAUGAGUCAUAUCUUUUUGACUGUCAUUGUGCUGCGUUACAGCUUAACUCCCCUUAAUCAAUGGUUUUCAGUAAAAACUCGAAAAGAAUGUCAAAUGAACUACGCACUUUUUGUAGGAUGCUUUGCGUGUAAAAAAAAACAUGGUUUUACAUUAAAAAGCCCGUUUUUAACAAGGAUAAUCAUUUUUAUAAUAGACUCCUCCAAGCUGCUCUUCCGGAAUCGAUGACAGGCUCUUGCCACCUAAUCCAGAGAUAUGUAAAUCUCUGUCGGAGUUGCGCACUUCGCAACCUCUCUUACUGGAACGCUAUCUCAGUAUUGCUUUGCGGGCAGUCAGUGAAAAUAAAGUGGCGGUUCUAUUGUUAGCGGGUGGUCAAGGGACACGACUUGGUGUUUCCUAUCCCAAAGGGUUGUACAAGCCGAAUUUACCAUCAGGUCGUUCAUUAUAUCAACUUCAAGCCGAGCGUCUUCACCGUGUUUCUCAUAUGUGUAAAGAAAAGUUUGGUAAAACUCCUUCGAUAACUUGGUAUAUCAUGACUUCUGAGCACACAAAAGAAACAACUGUACAGUUCUUUAAAUCAUUUAAUUAUUUUGGACAUAAUUGUGACAACAUUGUAUUUUUUGAACAAUACACUCUUCCAGCCUUUUCUCUAGAUGGAAGAAUCCUGUUGCAAACUAAGUCUAAACUAACAUCAGCUCCAGAUGGAAACGGUGGUUUGUACAGGGCUCUUAAAGAGCGCGGUAUUCUCGAUGAUAUGAAAUUAAGAGGAAUCGAAUAUGUCCAAAUUUAUUGUGUUGAUAAUAUUCUGGUAAAGGUACCUGAUCUUCACUUUAUCGGAUACUGCAUUGAAAAUAAUGCAGAUUGUGCUGCAGAAGUUGUUCAGAAGCUAGACCCAGAAGAACCGCUUGGAGUUGUUGGAGUAGUAGAUGGUCAGUAUCAGGUCGUAGAAUAUAGUGAGAUAUCUCCCGUUACAGCAUCCUUACGUGUAAACCAAUAUGACUCUCAUAAUAAUGCACACAAUUCAAACAAUGGUGAAACAAGUCGUUUAGUUUAUAGUCAUGGAAAUAUUUGUGUACAUUUCACAACGAGAUCAUUUUUGGAACGUGUUUGUCAGGAUGAUAUACAAAUGAAAAUGCGUUAUCAUCGAGCUCAAAAGAAAGUUAAUUGUAUAGAUUUGCAAACAGGAGAAUUGAUUGUCCCUCAAAAACCGAAUGCAAUCAAAUUUGAAAAAUUCGCAUUCGAUGUUUUUCCAUUUGCUCAUCGAUUUUUUAUAUGGGAAGUUCCUAGAGAUGAACAAUUUUCUCCGCUUAAGAAUGGACCAGGUGCAAUUAAGGAUUGUCCUAAAACAGCUCGACUUGAUUUGCUUAAUUAUCAUACUCGCUUAGCGGAAAACGCUGGUGCAAUACUAGUAAAUCAUAGUUCUACGUCUAAUGGGAACGGACACGUAGAUAAUGUUCAUGACAAGCCCUUAAUUGAAAUUUCACCUUUGAUUACUUACAAUGGUGAAAACUUAACAUGUCUAAAAGGUGUUGAAAUUCAUGGUCUCAAUCGUUUGGAACAAGACAUAGAAACUGGUAAACCAGUUUUAUUUUCUUGUGAAAUGAAUGGUGACAUCUAGUCAAGAUGUGUAUAAAUUUUUUCUUUUAACACUGAUAUACACAAUAACCAUACAUACAAAUGGUCUUCCCUAGUUAAUAUAUUUAACCACAUUCAUGCUGUGAUUUUUCUAUGAGUUAUUUUGUUUCAUAUAUUUUAGACAUUCCAUAUUACAAACUGUUUUUUUGUAACUGUUCGCCUAUAUGUUAAUGUUUGAAACUAUCUGUUCUAAUGUGAUUUUUUUUUAAAAAAAACAAAAAAGAAAAUUCAAUUCAUCAAAUGUUGUGUACAAUCAGUGUGAAAUUCAUUCUUUUCUAAUUCUAUAUGUUCAUUUUACUUUUUUAAAUGUGCUCAGUGAAUAUGAUUGGUUUUGUUAGCAAUAAUCUAUGAUACUAAAUUAUACUGUUGCUAUCCUCUCUUUUACUUAUCAAUUUGUUUUGUAACUUUUAUUCUUAAAAAAUAAAAUAAAUACACUUGGUAUUGUUUGGCUUGUAUCAUCCCAUUGAGUUUUUUUUUAAGACUACAAUUGAUCAGUCUGUUAUUGGCAUAUGUGUAUGCUGUGCGUAUGCCUCGAUAUUGCCUUAAUUCACAAGCUUUUUGUAAUCAAUGAUGGACUCAGUAGCUGAGUGGAUAACGCGAUGGCGUUUGAAGCGAAUGGUACUGGGUUCGAGUCCUAGAGUGAACAUCAACUGUGAGACGCAGGUACAUCCAGCUGACGUGUCCCAAAUAGGACGAAACACCCGUCCUGGAUUCCACUGCUAGCCACUAUCCAUCGUUGCUUACAAAAUAAACAGUUAAAAGUUUAUUUCUAAUCUUCUGGUUGAUUUUUUUUCAAAAAAAAGAGAAAGUUCAUUUAUCUUUGUUCAUGUUUUGACUUUUGUUCUUGUUGAUUAUCACAUGAUAAAAUCACC